GCCCAGAACGCAGAAGAGAAUAAAGACGAAAGAGAUAAACCAAAACUUCCUUCCUUCUCUACACAUCCUAGGCAUCAAAAUCCUCUGCAAUCCCACGAAACAGAGAUUCCUAUUUUUCUCCUCAGUUUUAAAUCAGAAACAGUAACGCCAUUGCUUGUUUUUCUUUACGCCAAAUCCUGUAUUGGGUUCUCUUUUAUGUUUGAACUUUCUCUUAGGCCAUCGCCAUGGGAGCUCAGAAGAGCAUCCACGCUGGCAGAGCCAAGAUUGAUGUGAAUGUGGAUUUCACUCACAAGCUUUGUACUUCUUUAAUGUUUCCUGCUUUCAGGGACACUAGCAGUCCUCUCUCUCUAGUGAUUGGCAGCCUCUGUAUAAAGCAUCCGAAUUUGUUUGGAGGAAGCGAGAAGCUUGAUGUAUCGUGGGAUAAAGGGUUGUAUGAUUCCAACGUGCUCGUGGCUUUUAGGAGACCUAGACCCGAAUGGCGUCCCCAACAGUGCUUCUUUAUACAGCAUUCUUUGUCACCUGAGAUUGGAGUCCACGGAACUCCAUAUGACAAUUUCUCCCGGUCAGGAAGCGGAGGUGUAAAUCUGUCUAAACUGGCAGUUGGUUUAGACUUGAGUGAGCCGGCGAGUUCAAAGUGGAGCAGCACAACCAGUGUUAAGUUUGAGCAUGUGCGUCCUAUGAACGAUGAAGGACGUUUGAUAACGAGAGACGUGGAUGGAUUCCCUGUAACCUGCAGUGGAAAUACUCAUGACAGUAUGGUCGUUUUAAAGCAAGAAUCCCGGUUUGCAAAGGCUAACGACCAAGGUCUUUCUCAUUUCAGCAUGCAAAUAGAACAAGGUAUUCCGGUUGUGUCCAAGUGGCUUAUCUUCAACCGUUUCAAAUUUGUCGCAUCAAAAGGUGUCAGGUUGGGACCGGCCUUUCUCUUAGCAAGCCUGACAGGUGGGUCAAUUGUAGGAGACAUGGCUCCUUAUCAAGCAUUUGCCAUUGGUGGGCUAGGCAGUGUUCGUGGAUAUGGUGAGGGCGCUGUUGGAUCCGGACGUUCUUGCCUCGUUGCUAAUACAGAAUUGGCAUUGCCUUUGAACAAGAUGACAGAAGGAACAAUCUUCUUGGAUUGUGGAACGGACCUAGGUUCAAGCCGUCUUGUCCCCGGACACCCGUCGUUGAGACAUGGGAAGCCGGGGUUUGGGUAUGGGUUCGGGUAUGGGCUACGGUUCAAGUCCCCGUUGGGUCACCUUCAGGUUGAUUAUGCCAUAAAUGCUUUCAACCAGAAGACUCUUUACUUUGGUGUCACCAACCUUGCCUCUUCAUCAUAGCCAAACUCAAGAGAAGCACAUAUUCAGUGUCUUGAUUUACACGUAUAUAUAUAUAUAUAUAUAUAUAUUUGUGUGUUGAGGUGAGACCAGAAACGCCACAAGAGGAGGCUAACACGGCCCUAGAAGAAGCUGUUAUAAAAAUUGACAGAUAUGUUGAGGAGAAAAGAAAAAUGUUGUCAUAGGAAUCAUGUAAUUGUCACAGGACCAAAAAGUUAUAGUGUGCAGCUGCCAGAGUUUUGUCUGAAUGCUGCGAGUUUCCACUGAGAAGAGAACACACAUUUGAUUUGAAUGCAUCUCUUGCUUUUUGAUUUUCCA